GUUUACCAUUCAUUCAUAUCUUUAACCUGGAAUGACACCUGUUAUCAUAUUUCUCUUAUUUCAGAUCAUUGCACAAAACUGGGCCCAGUAUUUAAGCCCAAUAAUUGUUAGAGUGGAUAAAACAAAAAUUGUUGAUCAAGGUCAAAACAUUGAAUUUUCUUGCUGGUUACAAAAUUAUAUAAAUGAUACGAUAUCGUGGACUCUAUUAAGAAAAAAUCAAAGUCCCAAGUUAUUGACCUUAGGCAAUACCCGAAUAACUGCUGAUAACAGAUUUACCUCAAAGCUAGAGCAUGACUUUAAUAAACCAAGUCAAUCACAAGCCUACAUCUAUAAACUAUACAUAGAUCAUGUAAUCAAUGAUGACUUUGGGAAUGUUACCUGUCAAAUUACUUCUUUAAAAAAACCCAUAUCAAUGGCCAUUGAGUUGAGGGUUAGAACUCACCCCAUGAUUGGAGAAGACAUCUCAAAGGACAUGGUUGUCAAUGAAGGUUCUGAUGUAUUAUUGAAAUGCAAUGCCACCGGUUACCCUCAACCCAGAAUAUCUUGGAAAAGGGCUGAUAUACAACCCUUGCCUAAUGGGGACGCUAUAUAUCGUGGUAACGUAAUGCUCAUAAAGAAUAUAACUAAAGCCGAUAGGGGGAGGUAUAUAUGUGUGGCCGAUAACGACUACGUCAUGAAUAGCAUAAGUUACCAUAGCAACGAUAAAUUCGACUCUGGCCAAAACGCCGAUGGCUUAAGUAGACGUUCGGUCACGAUUAACGUCGAAUUUGCGCCAUCUAUACCCCCAUCUAGGAAUGUCAAGAGGAACGUUGGACAAGCUCCCAACAUGAGGGUGAACGCGGCCCUCGAGUGCUUCAUAGAGGCCUUUCCCGCACCCCAUACCUGGUGGGCCAAGGUAGAGAGGGGUGGAAGCGGAGCGGAGAUCGUAAUCGAGAAUAAUCACAACUACGAGGUUACGUACUAUCCCGAUAGUAGUGGGCAUGAUAUAACGGUGUCUCGAUUAAACAUAAUAGAGGUCCAAAACGAGGACUUCGGGCUUUACAAAUGUUACGCUUCCAACACUAGAGGAGUAUCUUCGUUGACUUUCACCCUAUAUGAAUCUUCUAUGGCCUACAAUCAAUACGGCGGUUACCAAAAUACCAUAGACCCCUUUAUGAUCUCUUUCGCUCUUCCCAACAUCGAUUUGGCUUACUACUGCAUCAGAUCUAUUUCGAUGUUUGUCAUCUGUUAUGCCACAAUCAAAUGCUCAUUUUUUUAAUAAUCUUGUAUUCUUUUUAUACAAUUU